AUGAACUGUUUAAAGAGCUUAGAACUGGCUCUACUAGUAGGCUUCGUAAUAUUUACGAGCACGUGUUCUGAGCUGCCACCCAACGGAACGGACUGUGGAGCCAGACGACACGACCAGGAGGAUGUAUGCAGCAGAUACGCCCUCGUGGGGGAGUGUAACAGUACCACUGGCAUUUGCAACUGCGACGUCUACACCGCCGACAGCAACGGGACGACGGAGAGCCUCGAGUGCUUCUACUACGACCCCUCCACCAACUUCUGCCAGCUAAGAAACUGCUGGCAUUUCUCCAACAGCAGUGGGGAGUGCAGGAGGGACACCAGGAGACGGGUAGUUGCCCUCCUCCUGAGCAUCUUCCUCAUCAACUUUGGCGCCGCAAACUUCUACAUAGAGCGCUACGAUCUGGCAGUCCCUCAGAUUAUUCUAGGUCUGUUGCUCUGCUUCUUUCAGUGUGCGUCCUGCGCCGUGGCACGAAAGAGAGACGACGACACGUCGGCACUGUGCAUCUUCUGCUGCUCUGUGAACUCGUUUGUCUCCCUCCUCUUUCUUCGCGUGGUGGCUCGCUGA